AUGAGUUCACCCCCUAGCGUCCCUUCGCCACGCCACAUUCUGCAGCCUCAUACAAUGACUGUUGAGCAGUUACCCCAUUUCCUACAAGAGAUGAAUCAAAUGCUUGCACUAGAAAACGAAAAGCUGCACCAACAAUGCGCUUCCCUCAACACAUCAGUCGACCAAAUGGAGGCUGUACUGGAUUUGCAACAGCGCCUUAUCCGUUUGGGAGAGGAACAUAUAACCUUGCUCGAGGAAAUACUCCAGAGGCCGUCAACUGAGGCAACGAAGGUGACCCCACCAACGAAUUUGCUGCCUCAUGUCGUUGAGCAUCAGUUCCAGCAACAGAUCUGCAGCUCACCUCUAGACACGCCGCCCAGCUUGAGACUUGACUCCAAUCAAUUCGAAGACAACUAG